AUGUCAGGUAUGAUAGAUACGAGAAAAGAAACAUCAAUAAAAGAUUUAAGAGCUAAAGAGCAAUCUAUAGUUUGGUAUCAAUUGAUUAUCGAAGCAUUAUUACGUUUAGAGGACAUGCCUGAUGAAAAAGCAGAGAUGAUUGCAGAAUGUCGAAAACAUUAUGCUAAUGAUGAGAUUGAAUACGUAAAAAUACGCGAAUUUGAAAAUAACUUUACUCCAAAUGAUGCAAUUCGGUGGUAUACAAGAGAUUCGUUUUUAUAUCGGUUAUUCAACAAAGCAAUGAGAACACAAGAUGUUCCCUUUAUUUACAAAUUUCGUUUUUUCCUAAAAGCACUGUACAAUCAAUUGGCGCAUGUUUAUAAUUGUGAAACGAUCCAUGCACAGCCAAUUAAAAAAGUUUACCGAGGUCAAAUGAUUCGUAUCGAAGAAUUACAACGGUUAAAAGACAAUGUUGGUUAUGCCGUUUCCUUCCAUUCAUUUCUAUCAGCAACGAGAGACAAACAAGUUGCUGCUAUUUUCUCUGGCAAUGGUAAAGGCAGACCAUUUUUUGAAUCAGUUGUCUUCUGCAUUGAAAUACUUGGUGACAUUUAUCCAUAUAUUGAGACAAACUUGCGUGUAGUGAAUUCGGCAGGAAUCGAUGGAAAACCAUUUGCAGAUAUUACGAACUACGCUACGUACGGUGGAGAGCAAGAAAUCUUAUUUGCAAUGGAAUCAGUGUUCGAAGUAUCGUCUAUUAAGUUAGUUGAUAACAUCUGGUAUGUUAAGUGUCAUUUCUAUUCUGGAGGAGUGGGAAAUUUCUUGAGAUACGAAUUUAGUUCGUGGAAUGUCCUUCUUGGAUAUAAUCCUCGAAUCGAUGUCAUCGGAGAUUUCUUACUUGAAAUGAAUAAUUACACUGAUGCCAUUACUUUUUAUAUUUCCUCCGCGAAUGAUCAAUCGGAUCAUUUAGCAGUCGCAUGGGCAGAUUAUAAACUAGGAAGAUUAUACAUGCGAAAAGGUGAAUAUCAGACUGCUCUCGACUACUUGCAAAACGCAGAGAAUACAAUGCUGCUACAUGUAGAUGUCACAGAUUUUUGGCUAAAAAAUAUUUUUGAGACAACUGGCGAUACCUAUAUACGACGUGCUCAACAGCAAUCUGAUUCUAAGGACGAUUAUGAACGUGCCGUAGUAAAUUAUAAAAAAGCACUUGAUACUGUCAUUAAGAAAAAGGACGACGGAGGGAAGCAAAACCCAUCAGAAUUCCAAGCAACUAAGAUGAUAAUAGGUUCAGGCAAUGAAGAAGUUAUGCGUGCCGAGAUUAGUUACAAGAUAUUCAAAGUAUAUUGCCAGAUGAACAACCAUGCAGAGGGUGAAUGCUAUGGAGACGUAUUCUUAGCAACUCUUCUUUCGCAUUCAACUUAUAAUUACGAACAAUCAAAAAUCAAUAAACGAGAAGUUUUUGCUAUUGCUUCAGAUUCUAGAACAAUAGAUACUGUAAAACUUCGACAGCUGCUAUUCAGUAAUGUAUCUUACAUUGUAGAAGGAGCCAUGAUACCAAAUCAUCGUGAAAUGUACAAGAGAUACACUGAAUUAAUUCGGUUGACUAUCAAAGAAGAAAAUAAAUUAAUCCUUUGCAAAUUUAUAGCUGAUAUGUGUUCACGAUCUUAUCCAAAUCCAUACGAUAUUCUCGUCUUUUAUCACAAGUACAAUCUAUUCAGCGGUAGUAGAUACGAGAACGAUUACUCAGAGUAUCUCAUCUUCCAAGAAAACAUUUUUAUGAUUGAUUGCACAAAUGCACCAUCUAUGUUCGCCCAAUAUUUGCGUAUAUGUUUCACUGCUGCUUAUCUGAAUGUUACACUUGAAAAAAGAUUAGAUUCUGAGGAGCUGGAUCAAAUAUGCUUAAUUCAAAUGAUGGAUUUUCAUUCUGCUCUGUGGAUUCAAAGGCGAGACUUGAGAGGCACGAAUGACGAUGAGUGUUUUGACUAUCAAGAAGGGUUUAUACUUUCUAAAUACUAUUCAUAUUACGAAAACCCACCUACAUCCAUCGGCGAUGCUUAUCAGCAUUUGCGAAUGUACGAAAGUCAACUGAAACUCCUUAUAACAAUGGAUCUAACGAAAGCAGCUCUAGCAAAUCCCUAUCGAAAUAUUGCUCGAAUCUACAGUUACCUCUACGAAUAUUCUAUGGCGUUGGAGAACUAUGAAAAAUGUUUAGAAAUUGUUUAUACACAUAUGUCACCGAAUGUUUCAUUUUUGAGACGAACAUAUGCACUUAUCGCGCAUGAAAUCGUUGAACUUUAUUUAAAUACGAAUGCUGUUGCACAUGCAAGGGAUCUUAUGAAGUUAUGGCUUAAUUUUGCACACAAAUAUGCCGUUUCUGAUCAUGUACAACUUGCUGCUGUAUACUCUCGUUUAAUUGAUAUAUGCAUGCGACAAGAAGACUACGAUUUAUGUUUGGAAUAUGCAGAGCAAGAACUAAUGCAUCUUCAAUCAGUGCAACAGCCUGAUAAUCAACGUAUAUUGGUGUGCAAAGAAAAACUAGAAAGUUUUAGAAAGCAACGUUCUACUUGA